UCGCACCCGCCCCACUCUCAGCCUCGGAGCGGAGCGGUGUCUCGGUUGCACCGUUCCCCCCCGGCCUCUUCCGGAAGUGCCGGCCGGCCCUCAGGGCGGGGGCGGCGCUGAGGAAGCCGGCGCAAGAGUCCGACCGGGCGGUGACCGGAGGCCGCUUCCCCCGGCGGGGAAAGGGCCAUGAACGGCACCGCGAACCCGCUGCUGGACCGCGAGGAGCACGGCCUGAAGCUCGGCGAGAGCUUCGAGAAGAGGCCCAAGUCCUCCUUCCACACCAUCCGCUAUGAUUUUAAACCAGCAUCCAUAGACACUUCAUGUGAAGGAGAGCUCCAGGUUGGCAAAGGAGAUGAAGUCACAAUUACACUACCACACAUUCCUGGAUCAACACCUCCAAUGACUGUGUUCAAAGGAAACAAAAGACCGUAUCAGAAAGACUGUGUUCUCAUCAUUAAUCAUGACACUGGUGAAUACGUGUUGGAAAAACUCAGUAGCAGCAUUCAGGUCAAGAAGACAAGAGCUGAAGGAAGCAGCAAAAUCCAGGCGAGAAUGGAACAGCCCCCUGCUCGGGCACCACCACCUCCUGUACCAUUUAGGGCCCCAAUGAAACCCCCAAUUGGACCAAAAACCUCUCCUGUGAAAGACAACCCUUCACCUGAACCCCAGUUGGAUGACAUUAAGAGAGAGCUGAGAGCAGAGGUUGAAAUCAUCGAGCAGAUGAGCAGCACCAGCGGAAGCAGCUCGUCAGACUCGGACAGCUCCUCGGGCAGCGACGACGACAGCUCGAGCAGCGCAGGGGACGAGCCGGCCGCCAGGGCCUCCCCCUCGCAGCCUGCUCCCCAGCAGUUCAGUCACAGAACCCCUGUGGCCAACGGCACCGGCCGGCCUCCGGGAAACAACCAGCUGAUGAACACCCUGCGAAAUGACUUACAAUUGAGCGAGUCUGGCAGUGACAGCGACGACUAGCGUUGGAGCUUCCUGCAUCUUUCUCUUUGGUAGGAGAACAUGUGGAGGCAGCAGGACAUGAGCAGGAGGCCCCCUGCCAAGGAGAGCUUUUGGGGGGGAGCUGUCGCUGAGCCCGAGCAGGCGUGCUCUUGUAUAUAUUAAGUGAAUGCAGUUUUACAAGUUUUACCUAGAUCUGUAGAGUAAAUAACUAGGAGGGUUGUUUUUUGGUUAACGUUGUACAUGGAAAACCUGAACUGUUGGGGGAGGGAGGGAAUCUUGGUUUUUCAGAGGUUGAGUGAUAGUCACUAGUUUGGACAUGUCAUCUUCAUUGCCGAAGCAAACGAUUUGGCCUUUGGGGGGAAGCAGCAUCCCCAAAGUGUGUUAAAGCCUCUUCUAAUUAUUGACCACAUGGAGAUGAAGGUUUUAGCCUUCUUUGCCUAAUUAGACCUGACCUGAUAGGUCAGUGGAGACAUACUUAGGCAGAGACUUUCAGAAGUAGACAGAACAUUGUAUGUGAUCCAUUCCAAGCAGGGAGGCUUAGGCAGAUUCGAGUAAAACCCAAGGUUCCAGCACUUUCUCUAUUGUACCAUAAUGACUCCCAUUAUAUUUAAUCAAAUAUUUAUUGAACACCUACUGUGUGCAGAGCUUAGGUAUGUAGCAAAACCAAUGAUCUAUGUACAUAAAGCAAUCAGAUACAUAUUGGAGCUUUGUACCUAGACUGUGAAAGUCACAACUACCGUUUUGUUUCUAGUUUCAAUGUGGGCCAGUGAAAGUUGGCUCUGUACAGGACAGAAGAAUCCCAUGUGUAGGUGCAGUGACUAUGAGAUUUGAGUACUGAGUCGAUAAGGAAAAAUCACGAGCCCAUGUUCAGCUUUCAUUGGACGUAAUUGAUUCAGUGGAUUUUUAAAGGAAUGGAUUUUUUAAAAAGAAAUAAUAGGAAUGACUCUGAGUAGGAGGAGUUAGGGGAGAAUACUACUGAAUGUGUGAACUAGAAGUGAGUUUUUAAAAAGUAUCCCAGGGUGAGUUUGAAAGUACCAUAUGAAAGGACCAUAACUCUCCUUGAUUUGGGGAUUCCCCCCCUUUUAUACAACUAUGUUUAAAUUACAGGUUGUAUAUUUAUAUAGCUGGAAACAACACAAAAUAUGCCCUGUUUUGUACAGAUCUUCUGCAAAAUGCUUAAAAUACUGAUAGAAUGAAAAUGUUCUAAGACAGCAGUCCCGAGUUACGAUUAAGUGUACCUUAUUAAGUGUACAUGCAGUAGGUCUCCAUACAGUCUAAAUGAACAUCCCAUUGCUUAUAAUUAGAAUACAUAUUUCUUAACACAAGAAAAUUCUUUUGCUUAUGUUUGCUGGGCAUAUAGAUUUUAAAUUAGUUUCUGGCCUAUUGCCUCCCUGACUUACGCCUCCUUUUCACCCCCACCAUUCCCCUACCUGUCAGCUCUUCAACACCAGUUCUGAAGUAGAAGGACAAUUUGAAUCUAAUCGUGGGAUACAAGACACAUGGGGGAAGCUCAAAGGAAUAUAAUUAAGGGGAGCCAUAGUUAGGAGGCAGGAGGAAGGGGAGAAAAACUCUUUCCCCUUACACAUUGGCCAAAGAAAGCUGGGAGUUCAAGGGGGAAUAAACCUCAUUGCCUUGUGACCUUUAAGUACUUUUUGGUUCUUACCCAAAUCUCAGGCUCUUAGAUUGAAUUUAAUGGAGUAUAAGAAUUUAUUUAUAAUGAAUUGAUAAUUUAUUUAUAAUCUGUUGGUAGUGUUGACAUUAGAGAUGGACAAUACCAUCAUCAGUUUAUAUUAUUGCUGGAAAUAAGGAAUAUUUAAGUGUUUCACUGCUAUUAUUAACUUGCCCAAUUCUUUGAGCCAGAUUUCAGUCAUUUGAACUAAGGUUUCCUGUGUAAGCUUUUAAAUUUUAAAUAAAAACAAAUGCUAAAGGAAGCAAACAGGACCUUGGUUCUAACAUCUCCAAGUCUAGAUGUUCAUUUGCUAAUCGUCAAAAAGAGUUGUGUAAACGCAUUAUUUGCACGUAGCACUAUGGUUAGUUAUUCAGAUAUAGUAGACUGGUAGGGGAAAUAUGGAGAGUAGGGCAUUCCAAGAAUAUGCAUACUUUGGAUGACAACUUGGACAUGGGAGCCAUGGAUGUUUUCAACAUUUUGAAGCAUUUUGUGGAAUUUUUCAAAUUUUCUUUUGUUAUUUGUCUCCCAUCCUUUUGUAUUUGUUUAGAGACUGGUGGUCGUAGUGGAUAGUAAUAAAUCUCAGAACCCUGCCUUUCGGAAAUACUUGUUAUACAGUGCUUAAAUUUUACAUAUAAAAUCACAGUAGGGUUUGGAUACUUGCAAACUCGAGAUUUUUAUCUGAAACCAAGACUACUUAUUCUUUAUUUGCUUUUUGUCUGUAACAGUCUCAUGUUUUUCCGUGUGUGUUUAUAUUUGCUUGUCUUUGGUGGUGGGAAACCUUAAGAUUCCAAAAUCCCUUUUCCUUGAUUAAGAUAACAGAUUCAGUAGGAUGUGUGUGUGUGUUUGUGAUGUAUUUAUAUGUUGUUUUGAAAGAAAUAUUCUCAUGUGGAUGUAUAUUAGGUUAUAGUAAAAAUGGAAUUAUUCCAAUGUGGUAUGGUAGGUGGCAUUUUGGAAACUCAGGAGUAGGUUGAAGUAAAAGAUGAGUAGAAUAGUGAUCAUCACUUACCAUUGCCUUUUCCCCAUCAUCACUCUUGUCCCGAGUUCAUUUUAACAAGUUAACUUAAAGUUGUCUGGCUUUGUGAUUGCAGUUUUCAAAAUCUUGUGCCUAGAAUUUAUUUUCAUAGCUGCUUUACUGUAGGGUAGAAAUAUGCAUGUUUACAUUUAUGUAAAAUAUUUGCAGUGUGUAAAGUUUUAUAGUUUACUCUUUUAAAAAAAAUCACUAUAUUUAAAUAAGAAAUU